ACAAUCAAAUGUAAGGCAGCAGUGGCUUGGGGACCUGCUCAACCUCUAAGUAUCGAAGAAGUUGAAGUAGCACCGCCUAAGAAAGGAGAAGUUAGGAUUAAAAUUUUAGCAACUGGAGUUUGUCACACAGAUGCCUUUACGCUAUCAGGCAAAGAUCCUGAGGGUGUAUUUCCUGUAAUUUUAGGACAUGAAGGAGCUGGCAUCGUUGAAUCAAUCGGAGAAGAUGUUACAACAGUUCAACCUGGAGAUCACGUGAUCCCAUUGUAUAUUCCCGAAUGCCGUACAUGUAAAUUUUGUAAAAGUGGAAAAACCAAUCUUUGUUCGCUAGUGAGAGCUACUCAGGGAAAUGGAGUGAUGCCGGACCAAACGACGCGAUUCACAUGCAAAGGUAAAAGUAUCCAUCAUUACAUGGGUUGUUCUACCUUUAGCCAAUACACAGUAUCGUUGGAAAUAUCCGUUGCCAAGAUCAGUCCCCAUGCACCAUCGGAUAAAGCUUGUUUACUUGGUUGUGCCAUCACCACUGGUUUUGGUGCUGCUAUAAAUACAGCAGAUAUUCAACCCAAUUCUACAGUCGCGGUAUUUGGUUGUGGUGGUGUUGGAUUAUCAGUCAUUCAAGGAGCCGUUGCACGUAACGCAAGUAAAAUUUUUGCCGUUGAUACUAACCCAAAGAAAUUCGAAUAUGCAAAGAAAUUAGGUGCCACUCAUUUUGUCAAUCCUACAGACUUUGAAAAACCUAUUCAAGAGGUAUUGAUAGAAAUGACAGAUGGAGGCCUUGAUUACACUUUCGAUUGUACUGGUAAUUCAAAAGUUAUGCGUGCUGCAUUUGAGGCAUGUCAUAAAGGAUGGGGGCAAUCUAUUAUUAUCGGUGUAUCUAGUGAAGAAAUAUCUACACAACCACUUCAACUUGUAACUGGUCGUUGUUGGAAAGGAUCAGCUUUUGGUGGUGUUAAAGGGAGAACCGAAUUACCUGGAAUUGUUGAAGAUUAUUUAAAUAAGAAAUUAGAAGUUGAUUUGUAUAUUACUAAUAAAUUUAAACUUGAGGAAAUCAAUAAGGCUUUUGAAUUAAUGCAUAGUGGAGAAGGUGUUCGCUCUGUGAUCGAUUUGGAUUGA